AUGAAAUCUGUCCAAGCUAUUUUAGUUUUGAAAGUCUUUACCUUGCUGCUUGCCGUCGCUCCAUGCUGUGGACUACAAAGAGCUCCUCGAAUCAUCACACUACUGGAGACAGUGGAUGUGCUGCUGGACCACAAUGCAACAUUUAUCUGUGAAGUCGAGUCCCGCCCCUCUGCUGACAUCACAUGGACCAAGAACAACCAUCAAAUAAUGUAUUAUGACCAGCGCUACAUCACCAGGGAGCAGGGACAGAUGCUGAUCAUUCCACACGUACGAGAGGCGGACAAUGGAGAGUACUGUUGCGUCGCCAAUAAUGGUGUUGGAGAACCGGCCAAGAGCUGUGGGGCCCUGCAGCUGAAAAUGAAGCCACAAAUCAAGCGCCAUCCCACCAACGUGACCUUGUUGAUCGAUUCCAAAGCUGUGCUGCCGUGUGUUACGUUUGGAAACCCAAAACCUGAUGUCACUUGGCUCAAAGACGAUGAGCUUAUCAAGUUGAGUGAGCGUGUGACCAUCUUGGACUAUGGAGCGCUAAAGAUCCACACCAUUCAGAAGGAGGACGCAGGCCAGUAUCGAUGUGUGGCCAGGAACAGUUUUGGUUUGGCUUUCUCCAAACCGGUCACCAUAGAAGUGCAAGCGCCGGCUCGGAUCUUGCGAGUUCCAAAAGAGAAGAGGGUCGCAUAUGGCAGCCAGAUAUCCCUAGAGUGUAACGCUACUGGAAACCCCAUCCCCACCAUCACCUGGCUGGAGAAUGGAAAUACUAUCAGCGGUGCAUCAGUGGAUGAAACGCUGGUGGCAGAUGUGAUCCUCUCUGUUCUGAAGGUGACUGUGACUAAACCAGCUCUGUACACCUGCCUGGCCUCCAACAGACACAGCGCCGGGGCCAACACGGUCAAGGCCACCGCUCGAGUCACUGUCGCAGAGUGGAGAUUGUACAAAGGGGUGACAGGCUACUGCAGUGCCUACAGGGGAGAUGUUUGUCGGAGCAUCCUGCGAGACGACUCCCUGGUCUUCUUGAACUCGUCGCUGUCGGACCCCGAGGACAUGCAGGAGUAUCUGGUGCAGAACUGGUGGAACGAGCUGGAGGGCCUCAGUGCUACAUGUGGUCCUGCUGUGCGAUCGCUGCUGUGUCACUCUGCCUUCCCUGACUGUAACCCCUCCGGCUUAGGACCCGCUCCCAAACCGGUCUGCAGGGAGCAUUGCCUGGCAGUGAAGGAGCUGUAUUGCCAUAAAGAGUGGAUGAUUCUGGAGAGUGCCACUUCAGUGCAGUCGGGUCUCUACGGGCCCCUGAGCGGACCUGUGUCUCCUUCUUUACAUCUGCCCAACUGCCUGACCUUACCCAGUCUGCACGCUGACCCUGGCGCUUGUACACAUGUUCCCUUUGUGGACAUCAAGAGAAAUGAAGUGACAGAAAUCUGCUACAACGACAAAGGACGUUUUUACCAGGGGGAUGUCAACGCGUCCAGAUCGGGAAUCCCUUGUCAGGCCUGGAAUCAACAGGUCCCUCAUCAACAUCGACUGUCUGUGGAUGUGAUUCCGGAGUUAAAGGACUCGGAAAACUUCUGCCGGAAUCCUGGAGGAAUCAGCGAGAAGCCCUGGUGUUUUACGAGCAAUCCGAACAUCCGCUGGGAGUACUGUGCGGUGCCGCUGUGUGGGGAGACGGGAAAAGUGAUGCAGCUGGACCCUUCUACCGCACGGCCGGUCGCUCGCUUCCCUCCCGUGACCUCCACCUCCCCAGCCUACUCCAUGUCCGUCAUAGUGAUCGUCAUGACGACACUGGCUGCAGCUGUCCUCCUCUCUCUGCUCAUCCUGGCCUGUCAUCGACGCAGGAAACAUUGGAGGAACAGGAAGAGAGUAAUGGAGACACCGACCAUGACCACUCUCCCUUCUGAGCUGCUGCUGGAUCGCCUUCACCCUAACCCCAUGUACCAGCGGGUGCCUCUCCUGCUCAACUCCAAACUCCUGGCUCUGGAAUAUCCUCGCAAUAACAUCCAGUACGUCCGGGACAUCGGAGAGGGGGCCUUCGGGAGAGUUUUCCAGGCUCGGGCCCCGGGCUUGCUGCCAAUGGAGUCGUUCACGAUGGUGGCAGUGAAGAUGUUGAAGGAGGAGGCUUCGACUGACAUGCAAAACGACUUCCAGCGAGAGGCGGCGCUGAUGUCAGAGUUUGACCAUCCAAAUAUUGUCAAGCUUUUAGGUGUGUGUGCAGUGGGCAAACCCAUGUGUCUCAUGUUCGAGUACAUGGCCCACGGAGACCUGAACGAGUUUCUCCGGCGCCGCGCACCCACCCAGUCCAGCCGUGCCGUCAGCCGCGCCAGCAUGUCCCUCCGCAGCUUCGCCUCGGAGUCCGACUGUCCGGGCCUCAGCUCUACAGAACAGUUCUUCAUCUCCAAACAGAUCGCCGCGGGGAUGGCCUACCUCUCAGAACGCAAGUUUGUGCACCGCGACCUGGCCACGCGGAACUGCUUAGUCGGGGAAGACAUGGUGGUGAAGAUCGCAGACUUCGGACUGUCACGAAACAUCUACUCAGCCGAUUAUUACAAAGCCAAUGAGAAUGACGCGAUACCGAUUCGCUGGAUGCCCCCCGAAUCUAUUUUCUACAACCGCUACACCACAGAGUCAGACGUGUGGGCGUAUGGAGUGGUGCUAUGGGAGAUCUUCUCACAUGGGAUGCAGCCGUAUUAUGGGAUGGGUCACGAGGAAGUUAUUUACUAUGUGAGGGACGGGCACAUUUUAUCGAGUCCGGAUAACUGUCCCGUGGAGCUGUACAGUCUGAUGAGGCUUUGCUGGAGCACCCAUCCCGCAGACAGACCGAGCUUCAGCAGUAUCCAUCGAAUACUGGAACGCAUGCACCAGACCACGGUCAAUACGAACACUGACAUGAACGGAGCUGAGGUGCCAAACCCCGACAAGGAGGCAGACUGCUGA